AUGGUCUCGGUCAUCAUGACGCCUGGGUUGAGCGGGGCGAGAGGCCGCUGCACCUCGUGCCUCGCCCCCAACAGCUUCCUCCUGACCCAGCGCUUCCAGUCCCGUGUCCCGACCGUCGCGACCCGUCGGCUGAUGUCGCAGCAGUCCCCCAAGCGGCCCAAGUUCUCGUCCCGGCUGAGGACCGCCUUGCGCAAUACCAAGGUCCAAUGGUAUCAGAUCCCUGUCGGCUUGGGAAUUGGCUUCUUGGGCCUCGUCCAGUUCUACAAGGUCAGCUCGCGAGAAAAGGAGGCGCAGGAGCAAGCAGCUCGCGGGGGUGAGCCCGAGAGCCGGCCUAAGAAGCGGCCUCGCAUUCGCCCAGAUGGGCCAUGGCAGGUUCAGGUUAUGUCUACACUGCCGUUGAAGGCACUCUCCAGACUAUGGGGCAGAUUUAACGAACUGACCAUUCCGUACUACCUCCGUGUUCCUGGCUUUAAGCUCUACUCUUGGGUGUUUGGCGUCAAGAUUCACGAAGCGAGCGAGGAUGAUCUUCAUGUAUACCCCAACUUGGCAUCCUUCUUUUACCGACAACUCAAGCCCGGCGUUCGACCACUUGACCCGGACCCUCACGCUCUUCUGUCCCCCGCAGAUGGCGUCGUCCUCCAGUUUGGCCAGAUUGAGGGCGGCGACAUUGAGCAGGUCAAAGGCAUGACCUACAAUAUCGACGCCCUCCUGGGAGAGACCACCCCGUCAACCUCGCGGAGCUCAAGCGGGCUCUCAACUCCUUCCGACAACCAGGCCAGGCACGGGGAAAAGACUCUGACCGCCGAGGAAGAGCUCGUCAAGUCGGACGAGGAGUUUGCGCGCGUCAACGGCAUCUCCUACACCCUCCCCAACCUCCUGUCGGGCCCGGCCAUGGCCCAGCCCCACGAGGAGGCCACAGACCAGUCCGUCAAGCCCUCGCCCGUCUCCGUCUCCGAGGUCCGCGCCGACCUCGCCCUCGGCGAGAAGCCGUGGUACUCGCUGCUGUCGCACGAGUCCUCCAAGACGGCGCUCUACUACGCCGUCGUCUACCUGUCGCCGGGCGACUACCACCGCUUCCACUCGCCGACGAACUGGGUCGUCGAGCGCCGCCGCCACUUCGCCGGCGAGCUGUACUCGGUGUCCCCUUACCUGCAGCGCACCCUGCCGGGCCUCUUCACGCUCAACGAGCGCGUCGUGCUGCUCGGCCGCUGGCGCUACGGCUUCUUCAGCUUCGUGCCCGUCGGCGCCACCAACGUCGGCUCCAUCGUCGUCAACUUUGACCGCGAGCUGCGCACCAACAGCCUGACGACCGACACGGCGGCCGACCGCGCCGCCGAGGAGGCCGCCGCCCGCGGGGAGCCGUACUCGGGCUUCGCCGAGGCGACGUACGAGGCCGCGAGCCCCGUGCUGCACGGGCACGCGCUGCGCCGCGGCGAGGAGAUGGGCGGCUUCCAGCUCGGCAGCACCAUCGUGCUCGUGUUCGAGGCGCCCGUCGCCCGGGCCGACCCCGGCGCGCCGGCCAGCGGCGCCGGCGGGGAGGCCGGCGGGUUCCACUGGCAGGUCGAGAAGGGGCAGAAGGUGCAGGUCGGGCAGGCGCUGGGGCGGAUCGACGAGAUUGGGUUUUGA